CUGUGCAGCAGCACAGGUCUUGUGUGCGUUUUUUCGUCGCGCGAGCUUGCGAAAAGUUUUGUGAUAGCACUCAUAACGUUCCGCCGAAAAGGUUUUAGAAUUUCUCGAUUUGGAACGGAAAUUGUGCUUCCCAAGCUUCGUGUGACCCUUCUGAUUGUGGUUUGCCACCGGUGGAAUCAUGUCGUUCAUAGCACGGAACGUGGCCCGCACCUUUGUCCAGGCAUCAUGUCGUGGAUUACACUCCACGGGAGCUGCUCAGACACCUGCGCAAGGGUCAAGCAAGGAAGGUCGCAUCACUUGUACAAUGAUUCCUGGUGACGGCGUUGGACCGGAAUUGAUGUAUUCGGUUUCUGAGGUCUUCAAAGCUGCCGAUGUGCCGGUGGAUUUCGAGACAUUCUUCCUGUCGGAAGUUAACCCGAUUCUGAGCUCUCCGCUGGAGGAUGUCGUACGUUCGAUCGAUAAGAACAAGGUCUGCCUGAAGGGUAUCCUGACGACACCAGAUUACAGUCGUACCGGAGAGCUGGAAACGUUGAACAUGAAGCUGCGCCACGAGCUGGACUUGUACGCUAAUGUGGUCCAUGUGGUCAGCCUGGAAGGUGUCAACACCCGCCAUAAGGGAAUCGAUACCGUUAUCAUUCGUGAGCAAACGGAGGGCGAAUACUCGGCUCUUGAACACGAAACCAUCCCGGGGGUGAUUGAAUGUUUGAAGGUGGUCACGGCUCAGAAAUCUCUAAGGAUCGCCAAGUUCGCAUUCGAUUAUGCCGUCAAGCACAACCGCAAGAAGGUCACCUGCGUUCACAAGGCCAACAUCAUGAAGUUGGGCGAUGGUCUCUUCAUGAAGAAAUGCGAACAGAUCGGUAAAUUGUACCCACGCAUCAACUUCGAGAAGAUGAUUGUGGACAACACCACGAUGCAAUUGGUGAGCAACCCGAAUCAGUUCGACGUGAUGGUUGCCCCGAAUCUGUACGGCAACAUUAUCGACAAUAUCGCUUCCGGUUUAGUUGGCGGUGCUGGUGUCGUUGCUGGUGCUUCCUACUCGGCCGAGCAUGCCGUUUUUGAACCGGGUGCGCGUCACACCUUCGCCGAAGGCGUUGGCAAGAACAUCGCCAACCCGACAGCCAUGCUGCUGUGCUCUUCCAAGAUGUUGCGCCACGUGAACCUGAUGCACUACAGCCAGAUGAUUUUCCAAGCCGUCCAGAACGUGCUUAAGUCCGGCAAGGUUCGCACCAAGGAUCUGGGAGGUCAAUCCACCACCAACGACUUUACCCAGGCUGUUAUCCACAAUUUGCGAUAAGCGAAAAUGGCUUUUGUGCAACGACUGGUGGAAUUUUGUUUCCGCAGUUUCUUUUUUUCAAAGUCAACACAAAAUGCAACGUUAAAUUUCUAAAGGUAUUCAAUCUGUAUUGCGGACAGCAUCCUACUUAAUCGAAAGUAAUCAGACACCAGUUAGCCGUGCAAAUUCGAAUUUUUAACCGCUAAGAAAACCAGUUGAUCCUGACAUAAGCAAAAAGUAAGUAAUUUAAACUAAAACCAAAUAUUUAUUCAGUUAGCCAAUCAAAAGCAGUCUGUUGAUAAUACAUUUCAACCAAUCGACAACUAAAAA